AUGAGUAUUCAUAUAAGAGAAGAUUUAACACGUAGUGAAAAGAUUCAACAAGCAAGAAAAAUUUUAAAUGAAAAUAAACAUUCACUUGAUGCAUGGUCAAUACUUAUUCAAGAUGCUCAAGAUAAGAAAAUAACAGAAUCACGUGAAUUUUAUGAAUCACUUAUUACACAAUUUCCAACAUGUGGAAAAUUUUGGAAAAUUUAUAUUGAAUCUGAAAUGAAAGAUCGAAAUUAUGAAAAAGUCGAAAAGCUUUUUCAACGAUGUUUAAUUAAAGUAUUAAAUAUUGAUUUAUGGAAAUGUUAUUUAAAUUAUGUUCGUGAUACUAAAGGCAAAUUAUCAUCGUUCAGGGAAAAAAUGGCACAAGCAUAUGAUUUUGCAUUGGAAAAAAUCGGAAUGGAUGUUUAUUCAUAUAAUAUUUGGAAUGAUUAUAUUAUUUUUCUUAAAUCUGUUGAAGCUGUUGGUUCCGAUGCUGAAAAUAAAAAGAUAACAGCCGUACGAAAAGUCUAUCAAAAAGGUAUUAUGACACCAAUGACUAAUGUUGAAUUAUUAUGGAAAGAUUAUUGUACAUAUGAAAUGGGUAUUAAUCCAAUGUUAGGUAAAAAAAUAAUUGAUGAACGUUCUCGUGAAUUUUUAAAUGUUAAACGAGUUACAAAAGAAUUUGAAACAUUAGUACGUACUAUUGAUCGUAAUAUUCCAUGUAUACCACCAACAAUACCACAAACAGCUGAUGAAAUCAAACAAAUAACUGCUUGGAGAAAAUUUAUUUCUUGGGAACGAUUAAAUCCAUUAAAAACUGAAGAUAUAUUACUUGUUAUUCGUCGUGUUGUUUUAGCUUAUGAACAAUGUUUACUUUGUCUUGGUUAUCAUGCUGAUCUUUGGUAUGAAGUAUGUGCAUAUUUAGAACAAACUUCACAUGGAUAUUCAGAACGAGGUGAUGCUCAAUUAUCAAAACGUUUUCUUGAUGAUGCAGCAAUAUUAUAUGAACGUGCAAUACAAACUUAUAUGCGUUCAAAUAUGCUUAUACAUUUUGCCUAUGCUGAUUUUGAAGAACAACGUUUAAAUAUUGAUAAAGCACGUUCAAUAUAUAAUCGUUUAUUAGAUAUAAAUGAAGCAAAUUUAAAAGAUCCAACAUUAGCUUAUAUACAAGCAAUGCGUUUUGAACGACGUACAGAUGGUAUAAAAUCAGCACGUACAUUAUUUAAACGUGCACGUGAAGAUAUACGUACAAAUCAUCAAAUAUAUGUUGCUGCUGCAUUAAUGGAAUAUUAUUGUACAAAAGAUAAUAAUAUUGCAUUUAAUAUAUUUAAUCUUGGUUUAAAAAAAUAUAAUCAAAAUCUUGAUUAUAUUUUAGCUUAUAUUGAUUAUAUGACACAUUUAAAUGAAGAUCAUAAUGCACGUGUUUUAUUUGAACGUAUAUUAUCACCAAAUAAUUCUAUAUUUAAACAAUUACAACCAACAAUAUGGAAUGAAUUUCUUAAAUUUGAAUCACAAGUUGGUGAUUUACAAUCAAUAAAAAAAGUUGAAAAACGACGUUUAAAAAUUUAUUCAGAUUUAAAUGAAUUAGAAGGACGAGAAACAUUAUUACUUGUUGAUCGUUAUAAAUUUCUUAAUUUAUUACCAUGUUCAAUUGAUGAACUUAAAUUACUUGGUUGUAAAGAUUUAUCAAAUAUAAAUUUAUCAUCAACAAAUACAUCAGUAUUAACUAAUGGUUCAAUUGUUAAUGGUACAACAUUAUUAGAACAAGCUGUACGAGAUCGACGAGCUAUUUUACCUCGACCUGAUAUUAAACAUAUGAUGCCAUUUCGACCAACACGAAAACCAUUACCUGGUAGUCAUCCAACACCUGGCGGAGCUUUUCCAUUGCCUGAUACAGCACUCUACCUUGUUAAAGUUCUUCCACCAGCAAGAAAUUUUGAAGGUCCAUUUGUUAUUAUCGAUGAAUUAAUGGAACGUGUUACUCGUAUUACUAUACCUGAUAGCUUCGAUCCAAUACGUUUCAGUAUUCAAGGUGAAGUUAUUCGUGAUCUUGAUUCAUCAAAUACAAAUACUAGUCAACAAAAUCGUAAAACUGGUCAUGGUGAUAGUGAUGAUGAAGAACAACAAGCACCAUUAAAUGUAAGUGAACGUUCAACCAUGGAUAUAUAUCGACAACGACAACAAAAACGUGUAAAACUUACAAAAACUAAUUCUACUGAUCAACUACAAUCCUUGCAACGUAUCGCUACAAUGACUUGUUUUGAAGAUCUUUCAGGUGAAAUUUUAAUGAUUAUAUUUGAAUAUAUGGAUGUUGAAGAUCUUUGGACAAUAUUUUUUAAUAUGAAUACAAGAUUUAAUACACUUGUAUUUGAUUCUCGUUUACGUUUAACAGCUAAUAUAUCAAAAAUUGAUAAAACAAAAUUUGAUCAAUUUUGUUUAUCAUUAUUUCAAACAAAUUGUAAUAAUAUAUUUAUAUUAAUAUUAUCAAAUAAUUAUUAUCGUUAUCCACAAAUUCGACAAUUUUUAUUUCAUACAACUUUUAUGUAUUUUCAAUCAUUAUAUUCAUUAAUAUUAAUUGAUAUUAAUUAUGAUGAAUUAAUGAAAAUAACAAAUCAAAUAAAACAAUUAAGUAAUUUAAAUCAUUUACAUGUAAAUACACAUGAAAUUUAUCAUGAUAAACAAUUAAUGAAUAUUACACAAGAAUUAUUUAAUCAACCGAAUAUACAUGUUUUAGGACUUGAUUUUCAUGAGAAAAUUCAAUGGUAUGAUAUUAAAACAAUUUCAUUAAGUAAUAUCGAAGUACUUUCAUUAAAUUUCAUAAAUAUUGAUCGUCUUUUCUUACUUCUAACAUAUUGUCCACAUCUUCGUUCAUUAUCUAUGACACUUGAUUCUCGUUGUAAUUCAUUAAUAACAAAUGAUAAUAGUGAAUCAUUAUCACAAUCAACAAUUACAUAUCCUCAAAUAACUAGUCUUCGUUUUUAUUUUCGUUCAUUUAAUAUUUCUGCUCUUCAACGUUUAUUAAAUGCUUUACCUUCUUUAAAACGUUUCUCAAUUGAUACUCUCAUGUAUAAAGAAGAUUAUAUUCGUGCUUCAUUUUGGACAUUAUUAUUACAACAACGAUUACCAUUAUUAGAACGUGUACGAUUAGUUUUACGAGGAUUUUUUGGUUUAGAAUCAAAUGAAAAAAUUAAUGAAAAUCGAAAAACUUUCAUUGGUGGUUAUCAAUAUGAUCAAUAUUGGCUUGAUAGAGCACAUAAAAAAAUAUUUACUUGUUAUACAAAUGAUACGUCCAUGGUGCUUCAAAUUCGAUAA